AUGCGAACCACUCUCAUUCUUCACGUACAGAACCCACCAACAGUCUCUUCUAUACGCCCCUCACCUUCCAUCUCUUUUUUCUCCCCAAACCAAUCUUUACCAUUUUCUUCUCCAAUCACACCUUCAUCUUCUUCACUCCACAAACCUCCUCUCGAUCCCUUCAUCCAUCACUUCACUCAAACACCGGCGAGAUUCCGACGAGCCUCGACGGUCAGCAGAGGCGACGGCUUCACCGCGCGGUCACCUGUUCACUCACCCUCUGCAUCGUCGACUCCAUCCCCCAAAAUCGGGCACUACCAGACAUUCGCCGGACUGAAACUCCUUCAAUGUCGCUUCCACUCUACUCCGGUGUCGCCACCAUAUCCUGCUUCAGCCACUGCACAAGCUAGAAGAACAUGCCUGAAGCUUGAGGAGUAUCAGACUGACUGGUGCUUCAGCAACAGGAUGAUCUUCCUAGAGAAGCCACCAGCUGCAGUGAAUAAGCCUAAAUAUAGGGCUUAUUCACUGUGCAUUAUCAUAAUACAAUUGGUGUGGUUCUGUCAUUGUUUCAGAGAAAUGAAGAUUUUAACAUCUUCUGCAAUAAAGAAAAGAUUUGUGAAAUCAGAUAGUCUGCUGAACAAUUCGAACAAUGUUUUCAUUAGCUUUCGGAGCAAUAUGGUACUACUGGCAUUUGUUAGUCCAAAGAAAAAAUGGAUUUAACAUUUUCACUGACUAUUCAUUAUCUAACCUGAACAGAAGUGUCAAGUGGUGGUCGUAACCAAGGGAGCACUAAUUGUAUAAACAUACACAAUUCUUUUCAUGCUUUUAGCUGCACAAUCAUCUAUCUUAG